AUGAGUGAUGGAACUUUUUGUGACUUCCCUGGCCAAAUGGACAAUGCCUUGGCGCAGCAGAUUCAGGGAUUUAGCGCCCGUGGGAUGUCCGAGAACUUAGGAGAUGGCCUCACCGGCAGCAGUAAGGCACUGGCAGGGUUUUACAUGGAGCAGUUCGCGCAGGGCAUGCCAUCCUCCAUCAUGGAGAGCCUCGCGCAGUCCGGGCUGGCGAUGAGCAGCAUGGCGGGCAGUCACACCAGCCAGGAGAUGCUUAUCGCUAAUAUGAUGUCCCAGGCAGCAGCAGCAGGAUCGUACGAGAAUGCGAUGAAUUUCGCGUUAAAAUCAGAGAAGGGACUCCCUCCUACCCCUCCAGGCAGUCCUGAUGAACCCAAAUCUGUCCAUAAUACUCAACACCAAAGUUACCAUAGCAACAUGCAUCCUGCUUCCAUGGUCGCCAUGCAGUCAUCUUUCAAUCCUAACCUCCUUCCAAAGCCGUUGCCAAUGCGGAGAUUGUCGGACAAGAGACUGAGUCACCACAGAGACGCACAACCACAGCUGCCUCAUGAAUCCCAGAUAGAAGGUGCAAACAACCAAACCCUUGCUCGUGCCCUUGCAUCUGUCUCGCAGACCCAGAAGCGGCCUCGCAGUGAGAAGAAACCUAUUCCAGAAGACCUCAAAGAUGACAAGUAUUUCGAGCGACGGAAGAGAAACAACAAUGCUGCUAAAAAGUCGCGGGAUUCCCGCAAGGCAAGGGAAGAUGAAAUCGCAAUAAGAGCAAGUUUUCUUGAGAAGGAAAAUGCCAUUUUACGAGCUCAGGUUGGGACAUUACGCGAAGAAGCCAACUCCUUGCGGCAGCUUUUGUUACAGAAACGCGCAGCAGUGAGACAUUGA